AAUAGCUACACAACGAAAAGUCAAACAAUUGGCAAUAGAAAUUCAAUAACCUUUAUUUUUCUUUGAAAUAUUUUCGAACUCCUUCAAUCAGAAUGAGGACAAUUGUUUUGUUUUCAACUCUUGCUCUUCUAAUUCUUGUUUUGUCAUGUGCGUCAAAUAUCAAGGCAGAAUCUUUGGAAGAUCAUCUUCCACCGGAUGAACAUCUUGGACUUUCACAUGCUACCAACUUAAUUGGUUUCUGUCAAGAAUGUGCACAUCAUUGUUUGAGAAAAAAACGAGUUAUUGGCGAUUGUCGAAAGUUUGUUUGUCAUUGCUCUAAAAGAACUAUUGGUGUAGGACUGUAAUUUUUCCGAAAUACUUACAUAUAAA